UUGCUUGAAUGUUAGGAAAAUGAGAAAAUUAUGAUUUAUUAAACACUUUCUAGUAAAAAAAAAAGAAGUGAACCCACAAAUGUUACAAGUGUUUCAAGUUGCAAAAAGUACAGCGCGCAAACGUAAUCAAAACAAAAAAGAUUAAAAAAAAAAAAUAUAAUAAAAGUAACAAUAACAAACAAAGUAGUAAAAAAGUGUUGAAUAAUAAGUUUUUACUAUUCUAUAAACAAUUAAAAGGUUUACAAUUGCAAAGUGCACGUUUUUUGAACUUCGUCACCGGCUUUGGAGUCAAAUUGUGGGAAAUAAUUUGCAUAAAUCAGCAACAAAAUAUCAGCAAAACAAAAAAUACGCAUUCCCAUUAAUUAGCAAUCGCUGCCAUUUAAUAUAGGAAUUUUAAAAUUCCUAUCUUAACCUUAAAUUUUCUACAUUGGUCGAGUAUAUAAAUACUGCAAAGCUGCACCUCAUAAAUAAUCCGUUUGCCAUCAUGGACGGCUUUGCACACGAUUGGCCUACGCCAUCACAUGCAGAUAAUGCGCUGCAGAUGGACCUAAUUGCUGAACUGCAUGCCGAUUUUGAGCCACAAACUAGAGCAAGAUCGAAUACGUGGCCUUGCCCAAGACCAGAGAAUUUUGUUGAACCACCAGAUGAGUUAGAUAGCACAAAAGCAAGCAAUCAGCAAUUAGCUGGUGGAGAUUCACAACAAGCCGUGCCAAAUGUAAAUGCUGCAAAAAAGAAUUCAUCUCGUCGUAAUGCAUGGGGAAAUCUCUCCUAUGCGGAUCUCAUAACGCACGCUAUUGGUUCAGCACCUGAUAAAAGAUUAACAUUAAGUCAAAUAUAUGAAUGGAUGGUGCAAAAUGUGCCUUACUUUAAAGACAAAGGUGAUUCAAAUAGUAGUGCUGGCUGGAAGAAUUCAAUACGACACAAUUUAUCCUUGCACAAUCGUUUUAUGCGAGUACAGAAUGAAGGCACUGGAAAAUCGUCCUGGUGGAUGUUGAAUCCUGAUGCAAAGCCAGGCAAGUCUGUAAGACGUCGUGCGGCAUCAAUGGAAACAUCGCGUUAUGAGAAGCGUCGGGGACGUGCCAAGAAACGUGUUGAGGCUUUGAGGCAGGCCGGUGUUACAGGCUUAAAUGAUGCUACACCAUCGCCAAGCAGUAGUGUUAGCGAAGGCUUAGAUCAUUUUCCGGAAAGUCCUCUACACAGUGGUGGUUUUCAAUUAUCACCGGAUUUCCGUCAACGCGCGUCAUCAAAUGCAAGUUCCUGUGGACGACUUAGUCCAAUACCUGCACUACUGGGCUAUGAGCCCGACUGGGGUUAUCCCGCUGAUUAUCAAAAUUCAACUAUGUCGCCAGCACAAGCCAGCACAUUGGAUCAAUUGGCCGGUUCCAUGGCGGAGGAGUUGACUUUGCAAAAGGAUUUGAUGCCAGGGUUUAGCACUGCCUCAGGCAUACCCACACAACCACCACCACCAUACCAAGCUCCACAGGUUUAUGGUUUGAAUGGACCCGUACAACAAGGAUAUGGUUUACAGGCACAACAAUGUUUACUGCAUCGCUCACUUACAUGCUCUUGCAUGCAUAAUUCACGAGAGGGCCUUUCACCAAAUUCUGUUACAACAACUAUGUCACCCGCGUAUCCUAAUAGUGAACCUUCAUCGGAUUCUUUAAAUACAUAUAGUAAUGUUGUGUUAGAUGUUGCUACCGGUGUAACGACUGAUAAUGGCACCAUUUUAAUGGUACAACAACAACGGCAGCAACAACCAACACAAACGCAAACAAUACACAUAAAAUUAGAAAUUUAA